ACAUGACAUUGACAGUUGACAUUACAAAAUGACAUUCCACUUGUGUUUAUUUAUUGCAUGUUAAUAUUAAUUAUAAAUGUAUUAUCGGUGCUAUUAAGUCUUUUACUAAUAGUUCUCUAUUUUAUUUAUAUUAUAUACAAACUAUUUAUUAAUAUGGAUCCCGAAAAUGCAAAAUUCCUUAGAACAAAUCGCAAACCGGGAACCCUCGACGUACACCCUACCCUAAAUGCUAUUGUUUUAAAUUACGAAUUAGAAGUCGAAAUACUAGGAGACGACGAUAGUGUUUUAUAUGGCGAAAAACAGAGUUUAAAAAAAAUUAUAGAAUUACCAAUGUUGAAUACUCGCACAGACUGUAAUGCAUUAGCGAGGGAGGUACUCGGACAUUGUGACCUAAUCCAUCCAUCUAGACUAGUCGAAGUUGAACAAACUAUUUAUUAUUUAAAGAAACGUAAACGUCCCCAAAAUGGACCUGACGAAAAUUCCGGAAAGAAUACGCCUGUCGUUAACGGUGAUGUUAUAAAUAUCAAUUUUUUAAAUGAAUAUAUAGAGCUGCUGUACGAAGAUUUACCUGACAAGAUUAAAGCUUCCCAAUACAUACUACAACUAGCCAAGGUGUCUGAAAAUUUAGAGUCCCUCGCACGUAAUGAAACAGUUUUAAGUGCCCUUGCGAGGGUCCUAAGGGAAGAUUGGAAACGGAGUAUAGCUCUCAGUACAAACCUAAUCUUCACAUUCUUCUGUUUUUCGUCCCAUACUUGUUUUCAUCCUGUCGUUUUACAUUAUAAGAUUGGAUCUCUUUGCAUGGAUAUUAUCGAGUUUGAAAUGCGCCGAUUUGAAGAGUGGAAGUGUGACAUCGAAGAUGUAAAGCGACCGUACCCGACCAGCGUAAGCAUGACCGAAAUACAUAAAAGUCGUAUUCCCGAAGCAGUACGGCCAAAAUCGGGCAACUUCUCAGACGUCACGAUCAAGACGUCAAUGGAGGGCAGUAUAUACGACGACCUUACCAAUUCCACCGACAGUAUCGACGAAAAGAAGCAACUGUCGAGUGAGGAGAGGCAGAAGCGGUAUCGCACUUUAAUACGAAAGCAGGAGCAGCUGUUGAGGGUCGCCUUUUACCUACUGCUGAAUAUGGCCGAAGAUCCGAUCGUCGAGGAGAAGAUGACCAAGCGAAAUAUCGUUGUACUCCUGGAGAAGGCUUUGGAUCGUGAGAAUACCGAUUUGCAAGCUUUAGCUGUUACAUUCCUGAAAAAACUUUCCAUUAUGCAAACUAAUAAGGACGAAAUGGCCGAGCGUAAUGUUCUGGAGAGGCUUCCGAAAUUACUGGAGUCUAAUAAUGCAGACCUGGUACAUCUUACGUUAAAGUUGAUGUUUAAUUUAUCUUUUGAUGAGGAUUUAAGGGCGAAAAUGCUUAAGAAUGGCUGUUUACCUAAGUUUGUUUCUUUGUUACGAGACGAUAGGCAUCAAGAUAUCGUAAUUAAGUUAUUGUAUCACUUAAGUUAUGAUGAAGACAUCAUCGUGCAUUUUGCCUACACCGACUGCGUAUCUUUGAUUACAGAUAUGCUGCUUUUAAGCAUUGCCGACCAAGUUGACCAAGUGAUGGUUGCGUUAUGCAUCAAUCUUGCGAUACAUCCCACAAAUGCGCAACAAAUGGCAGAUAAUAGUCGACUACAAUCCUUGAUGACGAGAGCCUUUCGAUUUGAAGAUGAGCUACUUAUGAAGAUGAUUCAUAAUAUUUCGGAGCACGAUAUUACUAGAUCAAGUUUUAUAGAAUUUGUCGGCGACCUAGCGAAGGCGGUGACGGAAUCGAGAAAGGAAAACUUUGUCUUGGAGUGCCUUGGGGUAUUGUCGAACUUAUGUUUGCCCGAUCUAGACUGGUGUGAAAUAUUUAAACACUUCAACAUGAUUCCAAAACUGAAAGGCGCUUUAACCAGCAACAAUUCAGAGGCCGACCUUCUGUUACGGGUGAUCGUUCUUUUCGGCACGGCGGCUUACGAUGAAUCCUGCGCGCGAUUGUUGUGCAAUGCGAAUGUUGUCGAAGCCUGCAUUGAUCUUCUAAAGGCGUACCAGGAGGACGACGAGAUGGUCUUGCAGAUAAUUUAUUUAUUUUAUGUAAUGCUUUACCACAACGAUACCACGGAUUUCAUUAUUAAUAAGACAGAAGCGCCUGCGUAUUUGGUUGAUUUGCUGUUGGACAAUAAUAAGGCCGUUAGGAAAUUGUGCAAUACAUGCCUUAAUGUUAUAAUGGAACGUAACGCUGAAUGGGGCGAACGUAUACGUAUCGAACGAUUCCGGACCCAUAACAACCAGUGGUUAGAAAUGGUAGAUUCGCAUCAAUUGCAACGUGAGGAAGAAGAAGAAGACACUGCGUUACCUCCAUAUUUAAAUAUCGAGUAUCUUAGCACUGCAACGGUCCCUCCCCUCUCCGAGACACUCGAUGAUCCGGAGGAAAGUAAUGAAAAUGCCAUCGAAAAUGGUUAUUUAGAAAUGCCGGAGGAUUCUGUAUUGAAGGAGUACGAGAUGGAAUGUUUGGAUUUAUCAAUCUAGUCUUAUUGUUUAAACAAUUCGAUUAAGCACGUUUACUGCUUGUAAUGAUUAAACAGUUUCUAGUCGCCAGCAACUAUCUCAAGAUUUUGCCAGUAUUAUUGGUUAUAGCCUUAAAGCACAAUCUAUGUAUGAACGUAUUUUAUUUAUACUUAAUAUAGAUAUACUAUAAGAACA